AUGGAAUGGAAGAUUUGGUACGUAUUGAGAGAACAUUUUUCUGUACUUUUCCUCACAUUUUCAAAGCUUUAUGAAUUGAAAUUAAAAGCAGCAAAAAUAAGCCUCAAAGAUUCCAUCUCGGUGAAAAGAGAUGUGGAGAGAGAUGGAGAAAUGAAUAAAUGUAAUCUACUUGAAACCUUUUGCACUAAAGCUAGUGGGAAAAAUUCACAUUUACAAAGUUAUUCACAUCAUAAACACAGCAUGAUGCUUGCUUUCCUAUCUUUGAAUAAGAGAGCUUUUCCAGACAAGCAAAAACCGCAACAAAACAAACAAUUAAGUCAAAGAGGAGGAGGCGGAGAGAGAAAGAAACGAAAGUCAGCGGAAACAGGAAACCUUAAGCAGAGGAAACACGUUGUUGAUAUUAUUGGGAAGAAUUGGGAAGUUCUGUGUUCAAUAAAUUCUGUCAACAAACUUCCUUCAAUUGCAGAUUCAAAGUGCGGAAAAGAAAACAAGAAGAAAGAAAAGACUUUGACCAAGAGGGCUUCACUGAAGAAGACACCAGGCCAGGCCAGCGACGAGAAAUCAGCGAAGUUUUUGAUUGAUGAACAUGAUCCAAUAACUUAA